AUGUCUGUCCCCUCUGCAACUCGUGCUUUGCAGCGCGUCUGCUUGCGCCAACCCUCAAUCACUCAAGCAUACCGCCAGCAGCUCCGACUCCUCUCGUCGCGACCCUCAUCGGCAUUCCCGCCCCUCCUCCGCACUCAGUCACAUCUCUCCAACACUUUCCAAUCACAGCAGCGACGAUGUGAAUCAACAGCCAAGCCUUUGACCGACCGUCCCGACCAACUACCCAAGCCUGAGUCUCGUGAGGAGGUCCCUUCAUACGAAAUGACCUUCACUUGCAAGGCAUGCUCGAUCCGUUCGUCGCACCGCAUGUCCAAGCAGGGCUAUCACCACGGCACAAUCCUCAUCACAUGUCCCGGCUGCAAGAACAGACAUCUGAUUGCCGACCACCUGAAAAUCUUCUCCGACAAGCGUAUCACCCUCGAAGACAUUCUCGCCGAAAAGGGUCAACUGCUCAAGAAAGGUGCUCUGGAUUCCGAGAGCGACAUGGAGUUCUGGGACGACGGCUCCCAGACUGAACGUACAAAGAAGCCCUGA